GCGCGGCCAUCAGGGGUGCAGCGAGGCGCUCUCAGACUCUGGCCCGGGUUCCCAGUUGCAAGGCCCCUCUCGAGCUGCCGGGGACCCCAGGGGGCGCCUUUUCAGUUCCCCGCCCGCGAGCGGCCCUGAUUGGCUGCAGCCCCGCAGGUCGCCUCCUCUGACAGUCCGGGCGGCCGCUUCAGGUCUUUGCAGCGCAGUGCGCUGGGGACUCGCAGGCAGCACGACGGCCGCUGGGACCCCGCUGAGCGCCUGCGGGGCGGAGAAGAGUCCAGGGCUGCUGGUCGCGGGGACGUGGGGCGCCGAGACCUCGCUGGAAACCAGAGCAACUCCGCCAUGCCCGACGCGGGGACGGUCCCCUGCCGCGGCACCGAGGAGCAGGAUGGCCCGGAAGGGCCGAGCGCGCGCGGGCAGCGGCUGACCGUGGUGUGGAGGAACGUGGUCCUCAUGGGCCUGCUGCACGCGGGGGCCGUGUACGCCCUGGUGCUCGUGCCCAGGGCCCAGCCUCUCACCCUGCUCUGGGCCUACUUCUGUUUCCUCGUGACUGCUCUGGGUGUGACAGCUGGUGCCCACCGCUUGUGGAGCCACAGGUCGUACAAGGCCAAGCUGCCUCUGAGGAUUUUCCUGGCUGCUGCCAACUCCAUGGCUUUUCAGAAUGACAUCUUUGAGUGGGCCAGGGACCACCGAGCCCACCACAAGUACUCAGAGACAGACGCUGAUCCCCACAAUGCCCGCCGAGGCUUCUUCUUCUCCCACAUUGGGUGGCUGUUGGUGCGCAAGCAUCCGGAUGUCAUCGAGAAGGGGAGAAAGCUGGAUGUCACUGACCUGCUUGCUGAUCCUGUGGUCCAGUUCCAGAGAAAGGUGUCCCAGGCAUGCCAGGAGCGUCCCAGGUGUGCCGGUGAAGGGUGGACCCACAGCGGUGGUCCGGGGCAUCUCAGGCACUACAAGGUCUCCGUGGUGCUCAUGUGUUUCGUGGUCCCCACGCUGGUGCCCUGGUACAUCUGGGGAGAGAGCCUGUGGAAUUCCUACUUCUUGGCCGCCAUCCUUCGUUACGCCGUUGCCCUCAAUGGCACCUGGCUGGUCAACAGCGUCGCCCACAUGUACGGAAACCGGCCCUAUGACAAGCACAUCAGCCCGCGGCAGAACCCGCUCGUCACUCUGGGUGCCAUCGGUGAAGGCUUCCACAAUUACCAUCACACCUUUCCCUUCGACUACUCGGCCAGUGAACUCGGCUUGAAUUUCAACCCGACCACGUGGUUCAUUGACUUCAUGUGCUUGCUGGGGCUGGCCACUGACCGGAAACGGGCGACUAAACCCAUGAUCGAGGCCCGCAAGGCCAAGACUGGGGAUGGCACUGCCUGAAGCUGGGACUAUGACCACCAUCGUCCACAAUGAGACCCCCGCCUGUGGCUUCUGUCAGUACAUUUCUCUCACUCAUGGAACCAUAGGAGAGGGUUGAAGCUGGGGAAGAAGGGAAAUGGGUUGCAUGUGGUUAGGAAAUUUUGUAUUUUUUCUCAAAAUAAUGUCAACUGCGACUAUCAAUGAAAAAACUAAUUUUAGGUCAAUAUUGCUACUAUGAUUUAACAUUAGAAUGUAAUGUGAUUUUGCCACUAUAGCUACAGGAUGUCAAACGUACAUUAUUAUGUGAUUGUACAUGAUGCUCACCCUGGUGGGAUGGAUUAAACUCCUCAGUGUGAUCCAGGAAGCAUUUAUUUUUAUUUUCUGCCAAAUAAUCCAGAGUCGCUUUAAAUGCACAUCAAGGAAUAGAGAGACAGGGUAGAAGACAAAAGUGGGGAAACCAGAGAUACUGGAAAAUAUUCCUGGUUUGUAAUUACUGUGUCUGUUUGGUUUUUGGUUUAAGCGAGAGAACUGAAAAUCUUAAAAAGUGAGGGUAUGAGAAACAGUUCUUGUAAAUUUUUUUGCCCUGUUUGCAUCUUACCAAUGUUCUACCUUCUUUCCCUUCCCAGCUAUUUUUAUAACCCUAACCAUACACUCAGCCCACCCUGCAAAUCAAUACCUGUUUACGUGUUUGAUUUUGUUCUCUAUGCUAUUGUUGUUUCAAAGGUGUAUAACUCAGACAUGCCAGCCAUCAAGUUAAGCUUAAAUUAAGCUCUCAUUCAAAUGUUUAGACACCUGAUUUGUAUUCUAAUUGAUCGCAGCCAUCGAUGCAUGUGCUUCGGCUGCUUCUACUGAAUAAAUGUAUUAAUUUUCCACAUGAGGCUAUCAGGUCUUAAUAACUGACAGUUAUCUAGAGCUCCAUCUACUAAUGUUUUAUCUGUGUGUAGCCAUCAUUGAUUUUGCAGCAAAAUAGAAAGUGAUCAUUAUGUAGCAUCUGGAUUAAAACAAUUUCCGUGUGUUCAGUUGUCUUGUAAAGCACACACUGAAUUAAUAGGACAGCGUGACCUUUUAUUAGGUGUUAGGGCAAAAGUGAGGCUUUAUAGUGUGGGUAUCAAAGUUCUUUGAAGAUAGAUACUUUGUGGAAAGAUGUAGGAUUUAAAAUUUACAUUUUAGGAAAAGAAAUGAUGCUAAUUAGAAAUUGUCAUAAUGAACUUUUUCAUUCAGCAGAUGUUUAACAGUGUUAAUUUUGCCAUUAAUAGUGUAUAAAGUCUGAAUGAUUUACAAUAAAUGAUUAUGCAUUCA